CUAAGUUAAUUCGUCUCUUCACUCCCAGUCACUCUCUCUCUCUCUCACGUAGUCUUGAGAGGCAGCUACUUCAAAUUAGGGAUUUAGGUUUGGGAUAGGGUUUUAAGUUUUAACCUCUCCUACAUAUGCAUUUUCAGCAUCUUCUGUAAUUGCGAUCUCCAAUGGCCAUGGAUCCCACCAAGAAACGCAAGCUAGACGAGAACGGUUUCUCUGCCGCCCUCGCCGCAACAACCGAUGGCGACAAUCACCUCAUGCUCACCCCUACGGACGCCCGCAAGAUCAUGGAGCGCUUCACCCCUGACCAGCUCCUCGACAUCCUCCAGGACGCCGCCGUCCGCCAUGCGGACGUCCUGGCCGCCGUGCGCUCCGUCGCUGACCCCGAUGUCUCCCAGCGUAAGCUCUUCAUCCGCGGCCUAGGCUGGGACACCACCACCGACGGCCUCCGCAACCUAUUCUCCACUUACGGCGACCUCGAGGAGGCCGUCGUUAUCCUCGACAAAGCCACUGGCAAGUCCAAGGGCUAUGGCUUCGUCACCUUCCGACACGUCGAUGGUGCACUCCUCGCUCUGCGCGAGCCCAGCAAGCGAAUCGAUGGCCGUGUAACCGUCACGCAGCUUGCCGCAGCAGGCAAUUCAGGCGCCACCACUAACGCUGCUGACGUGGCACUGCGAAAGAUCUAUGUCGCGAACGUGCCGCCGGACCUCCCCGCGGACAAGCUGCUGGCGCAUUUCUCACACUACGGGGAGAUCGAGGAAGGGCCGCUGGGGUUCGACAAGCAGACCGGAAAAUCAAAGGGUUUUGCGCUUUUCGUGUAUAAGACUCCUGAGGGGGCUCAAGCUGCUUUGAUGGAGCCCGUGAAGACGGUGGAUGGGAGGCAGCUAAAUUGCAAGCUGGCAAUUACGGAUGGGAAGCAAGGGAAGCGAGGCGGUGCGGCGCCAGGAGGGGCUGAUGGCGUUCAGGGUCAUGGUCAUGGCCACGGUCACGGGAAUGCUCAUGGUCACGGGGAUGGGAUGGGGAUGGCUCCGGCUUCUGUGCCAGGAACGCUUUCGGGUCAAUAUGGCGGCCCAGUUGGCAAUUUGGGUUCUUAUGGAGGGUUUGCUGGUGGGCUUCAGGGUCAGCCUCCCAUGGGGAGUCAUCCGUUGAAUUCUUCAGUUGGUGGGCUGGGCUCUGUUGGAAAUCAGGCUCCCCCAGCGAUGGGCGGGGCUGGAGGGUAUGGGUCUGGUCUUGGAGGCCAUUAUGGUGGUUAUGGUGUGCCUGGAUCUGUAGGCUUCGGUGGAAUGGGAGGUGGGGCUGCAGGUGGUGGUGCUGGUUUAGGAGGAGGCGGCGCAGGUGGUGCUGGCGCUGGUGGACUUGGUGGUGCUUUGGGUGGCGCUGCUUCAAUGUAUAGAUUGCCGGGUUCAGGCGGAAUGCCAGGUGCUGGGUAUCCUGAGAGUGGACAUUACAGUUUAUCAGCUUCGUCCGGUUACCAGAAUCAGCAUCACCCGCCUGCUGGAGCCUCUCCUGUUCCUAGGGUUCCUCCUGGUUCUAUGUAUCCAAAUGUUCCCCCUUACUACUGAGGAAAUGUCCAACAUUCGAUCAUUGCAUAAUAUCCGCAAUUUUUUUCCUUCAUGCAUUGGGUUCAAUUUGUAUCCGGAUGUAAUAUUGUAUAGUUGAAGUGCUCAAGUUCUUUCCUACAACUUUGUUCAGAUAACUUGAUCUUUAGUCUUGUUCGCUAUGAAUUUGGAUGCGGCAACCGAAUGUUUGAUAAUUAUUUUUCUGUCCUUUAUAUGUGGAUUCCCUUAGGCGAUGAAAUUUGUGAAGCCUUAAAAUAAGGGGGUUAGUUACUCAUGUUUUCUCACUUUGCAUGAUUCAAAUAUUUAAAGUGAGGCGAUAAAUAUUAGUGUCAUAUUAUCCUCUUAAACAUGCCCUCUCUUUUUUUUUAAUGGUCUGGUACCUGGGGCAAAACUGGCCUAGACCCACAGCAGAAUAACCAAGCCCCGACCCGCAAGCCAACCAGAAAUUCAAACCUGUGAUUCCCUCUUCCUCUUGCGCAAGAGAUCAAAUCUGCACCCUUCAUUGCGGCGGCGGCUUCCCCCUACGACCACGCCCUCUCUUUUUGAACUAUGACAGAUGCAUAUAGUGAUUGUUUGGUUAGUGUCCAUGUCCAUGUCCAUGGUGGGCAUGCACACGGUGGUAUAAGUCCAUCAUCUGUUUGCCGAGAUUUUUUUAGUUAGUGGAACACAAAUGUGGAUAUAAAAUACUUGUACCCUCAGCAUCCCCAACAUGGUGACUCUUCCUUCUCUUUACCCAUCAUUCCUCCCUACUGCUACUCCUGCCAAGAAGCUCUCGGUGUU